AUGUCUUGGAAUCUACCAGAAUAUAGUGCAGCCCUAGGUGGUAGAAAUGCAUUACUUUCAGAUAUUCAAAAAGGAAGUAAAUUGAAAAAAACUGUAACAAAUGAUAGAUCUGCUCCAAUCAUAGACGCAGAAAAAAAAUCGUCAAACACACGAACAGCACAAACAGCACAAACAGUUAAUAGGCGUCGAUCAUUAAGUGCCUCUAAUACCGGCGACAAUAAGCAAAUUAAUUCGUCUACAUCUGCUGCUAAUCUUGGUGGUUUGUUUGCAGGUGGAAUUCCAAAAUUAAAAAGCCGUGGUGGUGUAGAAACUGGCAGAGAAUCUAAUAGUUUAGCAGCACCACCUCCAUUACCAGGUGGACGACCAAGAGCUACAAGUGCAGAUAAUCGUAUAUCAUUACCUAAUCGUUCAACACCUAUUGCUCCUCAAUUGCCUGCCCGUACACCAACAACACGUACACCUUUACGUGCACCACCAACAACACCAGCAAGACCAUCAUCAACAGCAACAACAGCAACUGCACCACCAUUACCAUCACGGAAUACACCAUCAUCACAACAAACUAAAAAGAGUGAACGAGCAGUACCACCUCCACUUCCCCCAACUAGUAAAAAACCAGCACCUAUACUCCCUAAUAAACCUGUAAAUCAUUCAUCAAAAGAACUACUGCCAGCAAAAUCACCACGAGCAAAAUCACCAGCCAAAUCACCGCAAACAAAAUCACCACCAACAAAAGAACUGCCAAUAAAAGAAUUAAAAGAGCCACCAACAAAAGAAGGACGAUGGGAGUUUCAUCCUUCGACUGAUUUUCCUACACCGCGUCCUUUCAUACCUUCUACAAAAGAAUAUCCUUCAGGUUCAUUUACAGGAACUUAUUCAUUGGCAGAAUUUGAAAUGGUAAUUUCAUUUUCUGAUGUUGAUGGCGAUGAUUUAAUUUAUCUAGGAACUCUUGAACACCUCGUAUCUUGA